CUCAACUUGAAACAUCGAUCUGGAGUACCUGUUCAAGUAUGGGAAGCAGUUGAAUAUGAUUUUGAAAUCAAUGGAAAGAAGGUGGAUAAAGCUGUCAUAACUCAAUUUUUUGCUCUAUCGUCUAAGCAAGAUGAAGACAUAUUUAAUGGCUAUACUCUUGUCAGUACCAAGAUCUCCAUCUAUGAUUAUGAUGUAUCGAAAAAAGUCUACACUUGGACGGAGGAAAUCACAAGAGAUUACAUGAACUUUCAAGAGGUUCAAUCCAUCGAGAGUAUUCGUUCAUUAACUGAAAAAGUCAAUUUCGCGUCUACCGAUAAAAAAGUGAUCCUUAACUUCAUAUUAGAGUGCGAAGCUUUGGAUCGUAAAUACAAUGCUUGCAUCAGACACGCGGAGGAUCGUGUUUACUUGCUGAGAGGAAAAUUCCUCAUGUUUCUCCUUGCACUUGAACCAGUCAGUGUACUGCGAAUCGCUGAUAUCCAAUAUAGCUUUACUGACACAAAAGUUGAAAUGGAAGUGACAUUUCUCGAUCUACCGCAUUUGGAAUACAUUUUCAACUCUAAAACUAUGUCUCUCAGUGAAGAGACAUUCGCAGAGAUGAUGAAAACUAAGGCUAACAAUGGAGACGAAUGCUUAGAAAAAUUAUCAAAAUAUAAAAAUAUAAUCAAGGUUGCCAUUUAUAGACCUUCGGAUGGCGUCUGUGGAUCUUUGAAUAGUCGCACUCUUCUCAAGGAAGAUGCUAAACAUGGACAACCAUGCAGUGUCUAUUUCUUUCCACUGAACAAUUUGCAACGAAUUAAACAAGAGUUAACACUUGACCAGGUUCAUGGUGCAUACUUGCAAAAGGUUGGUAUGAAAUUCCAAGCGUUUAACGGAAAAUUUGACACACAAUUUGAGAUCAUUGAUGUGAUCGACGUAACUAAAAAAGAAACUGGCUCCAAUGACGAUAUUACUUAUCAAAUCAGACAAAAUGCAAAGUUGAAAAUCGAUGAUCAAUUCACUUUGGCUGUUCCAGAUGCAAAAACUUUUGCUGAUUGUUACCGAAACUGCCAUGAUUCAGCUCAAGUUUCAUGCACUACUUUUUCAUUCUGCAGCACUGAUGGUAAAAUUGACUGUAGAGUAAGCAGCUUGCAGGUUUCUGAAAUGGCUAGUCGGGGUGAGCCGAUUGAAAAUGACCCAAAAUGUGGAAUUUAUUCUAUGAGUGUACUCGACAAUUAUUCAAGAAAGUCCAACAGAAAAUUUAAGACUCAGCAAUCAACCGCAAUUGAACAAGAUUCUGUGCAUUCUUGUGCAAAGGCCUGUCAUACCUCAUCCGAAUGUAAAUCGUUUCAAUACUGUUAUGGCUAUUGUAGUUUUGGCGAUUCAUUAUAUACAGAUGAAGCUACUGAAUAUGAUGAGGAAUGCAUGAUAUACACUCCCAAAGUAUCUGAAAGAUACCAAAAAACAGGCAACAAAAUAGUAUCAGAUGUAAUGAUGACCGAAACCAAACUAACCUUAGAUCAAUGUGCUUCAUUUUGUUAUGAGUUAUCUGAUGGCGAUGAAAUGGGAUGUAAAUCAUUUAAUUACUGCCCUAAAAGUAGAACAGAAAGUUCUUGUUCAUUGACUCAUUUCUCAGUUAAAAGUCCUUAUACCAAUACCACUGAUGGGGGCCAUUGUUCAAAUUACGAGUUAAAAGUGGAAUCGAAUGGAAAGAAAAGCGCUGAACGCGGUUCAAAUAAAGUGGUUAAAGGAACAUCGAAAUUGGCUGCUUUUGGUAUAAUAAUGAUGUUCGUGUUUGUCGGUGCUUUAUUGGGAUUCAUGGCUCCUUUUGCUUACUCAAAGAUUAAGAGGAUGCAUGAUGCUUCAAAGGUCAAUUAUGAUUUCACCUGGAAAAGACAAAAUGAGCAGCAGCUUUGAAAUGUCCAUUGAAUUUAUUUCAAAAUACUAACACUAAACACUAAGGUGGGGAAAAGAAUAUUAUUAUGAUGAAUAAAAUACGUAUGAUGAAGGG